AUGGAAAUGCUUCAAGAUCCCCCCUUGAGCCUUUUAGAGGCUGAUUACACCAUGUACAUCAAUGCAAUCAGUAGGGUGACACACAUGAUCAGCAAAGUGAUAGGACUGGGAUCACAGGAAUCUAAAACAAACAGAAAUCUGAAACAAGAUUCCGUGGUAAAGAAUUACCAGAAUAUCUUGGCUUUGGCAUUUGCUGUAGAAGAGAUCAACGAGAAUCCCUACAUUUUACCAAACAUCACUUUGGGCUUCCAUGUCCUCAGUAAUUACUACCUUGCAAAGAUUACCUAUAAGGUUACCCUAAAUCUAUUUUCUAUACAUAGGUUUAUACCCAAUUUCAAAUGUGAUACAAAGAAAAAUCUUAUAACUGCAAUUGGAGGGAUUGACCCAGAAGCCACUGCUGAUAUGGUCACCAUUUUGUCUAUUUACAAGAUUCCACAGGUAUAUCAGGUGCACAAGCUCAAUCACUUUCUAAGGACCAUGGUGUUCAACAACAGUGCCGGAGAAACUUCACAUUUUGAUCACAAUGGAGAUUUAGUAGCAGGUUUUGAUAUUAUAAACUGGGUCCUGCCUCUUUCUGUGUGUAAUGACAACUGUAAUCCUGGUUACCACAAGAAAAAAAAGGAAGGAAGCUUUUGCUGCUAUGAUUGUACUUCAUGUCCAGAAGGGAUGAUCUCUGAACAAAAAGACAUGGAUGCCUGUGUCAAUUGUCCAGAAGAUCAAUAUUCCAAGAAGGGCCAAAAUCAGUGCAUUCCAAAGGUUAUAACCUACCUUUCUUACGAAGAACCAUUAGGGAUCACUUUAGCUUUGUUUGAUAUUUGUUUCGCUCUGACAACAGCUUUGGUGCUUGGGACAUUUGUGAAGCAUCAGGAAACUCCCUUAGUCAAAGCCAACAACCGGAGCCUCACUUACAUUCUCCUCAUCUCUCUCCUUCUGUGCUUCCUCUGCUGUUUACUCUUCAUUGGGCAGCCAAUUAAAAUGACCUGCCUUCUCCGACAAAUUACCUUUGGCAUUGUCUUCUCUGUGGCACUCUCCACUGUAUUGGCCAAAACCAUCACUGUGGUAUUUGCAUUCAUGGCUACCAAACCAGGAUCUAAGAUGAAGAACUGGAUAGGGAAAAAAAUGACGAACUCUAUUGUCCUUUCCUCUUCCUUUAUUCAAGUUGGCAUAUGUACUCUUUGGCUAACUUCUUCUCCUCCCUUCCUGGACAUGGACAGGCACUCAUUCCAUGACCAAAUCAUAGUGGAAUGUAACGAGGGCUCAGCUACCCUUUUUUAUUGUCUCUUAGGCUAUAUGGGCCUCCUUGCAAUUAGUAGCUUCACCGUUGCUUUCUUCGCUAGGAAGUUGCCAGACAGUUUCAAUGAAGCCAAAUUGAUCACUUUCAGCAUGUUGGUCUUUUGCAGUGUUUGGCUAUCCUUCAUUCCUACUUACCUGAGCACCAAAGGGAAAUCCAUAGUGGUUGUGGAGAUCUUUAGUAUCUUAGCCUCUGGUGCUGGCUUACUGGGUUGUAUUUUUUUCCCCAAGUGCUACAUCAUUGUGCUGAAGCCUGAGCUGAACAACAAACAGCAGUUAAUAAAGAGAAAAAAGAAAUAA